AUGGGUCUCCUCGCAUUGGGUACACCCUUGAAAUGGCCGGAAGCAAAGAAGAAUGCAGAUCAUGUGCGACAAUGGGGCAUAGAGCAGCUACUGGCGAUAUGGAAUCGUGCCAAGGGCAAAGAGCGAGAUGCCUUGCGCUGGGGAGACGAGAUCGAGUACCUGGUCGUUGCGGUGGACGAUGAAAGCAAAAAAGUGAAGCUUUCACUGAGACAAGCCGAUAUACUUAAAGCGCUGGGAUCAGAUGAAGAAUUAUGUGCAAAGGGUGGAUGCGUGCCUGAUUUGCAGAGGGUCAUCCGGCACGAGGAAACCUUGCCAGUCUUUCAUCCUGAAUUUGGAAGAUUCAUGCUCGAAGCUACACCAGGCAAGCCGUGGGGCAUUGGAUUUAAAGAUUUGCUGGACGUGGAGCAUAAUAUGAAGUUACGACGAAAGAUCGCAAGAAAUCACAUGGAACCGAACGAAUGUCCGAUUACCCUCACAACAUUCCCACUCCUCGGCACGAAAGAGUCUCUUAGCCCCGAUUUUCCACCUUCUGGCGAAAGGCUGCGCUCACAAUUUUUGCCAGACGAGAUCGCAAACCCCCAUAUACGCUUUCCCACACUAGCAGCGAAUAUUCGAUCGAGAAGAGGACGAAAAGUCGAGAUCAACGUACCAGUCUUCCGGGACGAGAAUACUCCCCUUCCCUUCAAAGAUCCAACUGUGGACUAUGAUCUACAUAGGUGGCCGGAGGACGACGAUGUACGGAAUGGAGCUGCAAAGGACGAUCAUAUCUACAUGGACGCGAUGGCUUUCGGCAUGGGAAGCUGCUGCCUGCAAAUCACUUUUCAGGCGAAAAACAUCACAGAAGGCAGGAAGCUUUAUGAUCAGCUCAGUCCGCUGGGUCCCAUCAUGCUCGCUCUGACUGCGGCAACGCCCAUAUACAAGGGCUUUCUGGUAGAUACCGACGUGCGAUGGGAUCAAAUCAGUAGAGCAGUAGACGAUCGUACAAGAGAGGAGCUUGGAGAGAUACCAUUGAAGAACGACAGAUGGCGUGUGCCCAAAUCGAGAUACGCUUCGAAUUCAACAUACAUCUCUCAAGACCCACGAUUACGAAAAGAAUAUCUAGACCCAGAUUUAGUGGUGGAUGAAGAGCUGAAGCAGAAGCUGAUGGACGGAGGAAUGGACGACCUCCUUGCCACGCACUUUGCCCAUCUCUUUAUUCGUGAUCCCAUCGUGAUAUUCGCUGAAGAUUUAAAGACGCUCGAUCUUAACAAGACUGAUCACUUCGAAAAUCUUCAGUCAACAAAUUGGCAGCACAUGCGCUUCAAGCCUCCACCGCACGACAAGGACACCGGAUGGCGAGUUGAGUUUCGGCCCAUGGAGAUUCAAAUCACAGACUUCGAGAACGCGGCCUUCUCCAUCUUCAUGGUCCUGAUCACUCGCGCAAUCCUAAGCUUCGACCUCAACUUCUACAUCCCGAUCCCCCUCACAACCCAAAACAUGGCCACAGCCCAUAUCCGAGACGCAGUCACGACCCAGAAAUUCCAUUUCAGGAAAGACCCCUUUCCCAUCCGCCCAGUCAAAGUCAACGGCACAUCAAACGGCACCAACACACCUGCUCACAUACUUUCGCGUCCUCCAACGCCCACCGGCCCCGUAGAAGAUGAACACGCACCCAUGACCGUUGACGAGAUCAUAAACGGCCAAUUCGCCGAAGACGGCUUUCCCGGCCUCGUCCCACUUGUAGAAUCCUACCUCAACAGCCUCAACAUCGAUGUGGAGACGCGCUGCGAACUAGGAAGGUAUUUGGAGCUUAUCAGCAAGCGAGCGAGCGGGAAGCUGUGGACGUGUGCGAAAUGGAUCAGACAUUUUGUGAGGGGUCAUGAGGAGUAUAAGCAGGAUAGUGUGGUGGGGCAGGGCGUAGUGUAUGAUUUGGUGAAGGAAGUAGAGGAGAUUGCGAGGUGUGAGGGACGGGAGGGGCAUGGGGAGGAGAUGUUGAGGGCGUGGUGGAAUCGAGGUAGGAGGGGGAGCUCGUGUGGGUGA